AUCUCCUUUGGCACCGUCACAGACAAGAAUAUUGAGCAGCUCAAGCUGCUCAACCGCGCCGUCUUUCCAAUCAGCUACCCCGAGCGCAUGUACAAGGACAUCCUGGCCUACACCGAUGUGACGCACCUGGCUUACCACAACGAUGUGCUGGUGGGCGCCAUCACCUGCCGCCUGGAGAAGUCGGCGCAGGGUCCCAAGCUGUACAUCCUCACGCUGGGCGUGCUGGCGCCGUACCGUGGCAUGGGCGCCGGCAGCGCGCUGCUGGAGCGCUGCCUGCAGCACUGCGCAGCCCAGCUGCCCGAGGUGGCAGAGGCGCUGCUGCAUGUGCAGACGAGCAACGAGGAGGCGAUGCGGUUCUAUGGGCGGUACGGAUUCGAGGUGGGGGAGACAAUACCGGGGUACUACAAGCGCCUGGACCCACCCGAUGCGGUGGUACUGCGCAAGGCGCUGCAACCCGGCGGCGGA